GACCCUCAGCUCCUUGCUCAGUUUUACUAUGCUGAUGAGGAACUAAAUCAAGUUGCAGCUGAACUGGACAGUUUGGAUGGAAGAAAAGACCCACAGAGAUGUACACUGCUAGUCAACCAGUUUCGCUCUUGUCAGGAUAAUGUUUUGAACAUCAUAAAUCAAAUAAUGGAUGAGUGCAUUCCACAUGAACGGGCCAACCGAGACUUUUGUGUUAAGUUUCCAGAGGAAAUACGCCAUGACAACCUUGCAGGACAGCUUUGGUUUGGAGCAGAAUGUUUGGCUGCUGGUUCAAUUAUUAUGAAUCGUGAAAUUGAGAGUAUGGCCAUGAGGCCAUUGGCCAAGGAUCUGACCCGAAGCCUAGAAGAAGUUAGAAAUAUCAUUCGUGACCAGGCCUUAAGGGAUUUGAACCUCUACACAGAAAAAAUGAAAGAUUCACUCAAGCAUUUUGAUGUCCUUUUUGCUGAAUUUGAAUUAAGUUAUGUGUCAGCCAUGGUACCUGUGAAGUCUCCGAAAGAGUAUUACGUGCAGCAAGAGGUCAUUGUACUUUUCUGUGAAACUGUGGAGAGAGCCUUAAGGCUUGGUUACCUCACUCAAGAUAUGAUAGAUGACUAUGAACCGGCUUUAAUGUUUACAAUUCCAAGAUUAGCCAUUGUAUGUGGCCUUGUCGUCUACUCUGAGGGACCAUUAAACUUGGACCAUAAACCGGAAGAUAUGUCUGAACUCUUCAGACCUUUUCACACUCUGCUAAGAAAAAUAAGGGAUCUACUUCAGACAUUAACUGAGGAUGAACUGCACACGUUGGAGCGUAACCUCUGCAUCUCUCAAGAUUUGGAUUUUCCUGUCAGAUCAGAUCCUGAAGUACCGUCUGUCAUUGCACCAGUUGUAACUGCAACUUUGCCUGCUCAGGAGCUUUCAGCAAAAGCUGAAAACACAGAGGCUGAGCUGGCUUGUUCUAUGCAGUAUGAUGAACAGGAGCUGGAACAGCUGAACAGGAUGGUACACAGAGUUGGAGAUGAAAUGUCUUCUCUGCUUUCCCCUCCAAGCAUCUGUCAGUCUCCAGCUCACAGACCUAGCCUGAGAAAUAGUUCUAGCACAGAAGCUUCACCAGUAAGACACCAUCUUGACAAUUUAAGUGAUGAAGAGGACAGAGUGUUUUUUAUGGAUGACCUAGAUGGAGCAGGAGAAGCUCUUGCUGGGUUGGAUUCAGUAAGUGAUACAUUUGCUUGGGUGAAUAACCCUUGCCAUGAUUCAAAACAGAACCUGCAAUACAGGGACGCUUUGCUGUAUGAGAAUGGCCAUGAGACAGAGGAAACUUUGCUUUUAAAAGAUGCUGCAAGUGACUUAAGCAAUAAUAACAAUAUUGAAGAUAGCCGAGAAAUGUCUGGCAUUUCAGUUCAGAAUUCAUGCAGCUGUCUAGAAGGUCCAGACUCACAGUUAUACCUCAAUGGCUGGGAUGCAUAUGCUGAUGAUGCAGAAAUGGCAGAAGUGAUAGCUCACAGGACAGGGGGAAUGAAAAUAUCUGCUACUGUAAUAUUCAAUCCGAAGUCUCCCUCUAGCUCAGAAUCCCCAGUAACAACUCCAGAAGCAGCGAUUAGUUGUGUCCCUGGAUCUGCUAAUCCAUUAACAAAUGAGGAGGAGGAUGAAUCCCAUAAACUCAGUAUAGCUGCCACAAACUGUCUAAUUAAUUCCUGUGUGUGUUGUGGCAGCUGUGAAGACAGCAGGGAGGAUAGUGUUGGAGGUCUAAAGACUAAACAUUCUGCAGGAGGUGUUGUAAAUGCUUCAUACACGUUAGUAAAAUCUAAGGAAAUGGACCAUGUAGAUAACUUGGACAAUUCAGUCCCUACACAGGAAGCAUUAAAACCCGAAACUUCUGCUUUGUUAGCAGAAAGAGACUUUGGCAGAGAAGAGCAAAAACUGCCAGUCUCCUCUAAGUGCCUGGCACAUUCCUCAGGUUCUCAGGUAGGAGCAGAAAAUUACUCACAAGGAGAAGCAGAAAGCAUCUCAAAUGAGCAGAAGAAGUGGGAAAAGAGAAAACAACAAUGUGAGAAAAAACUGGACAACAGCGAAGAUGCCAGUACUGAAAGAACAGCAAAGGAAGAUGUAAAGUCAAGAUCUAGUUCAAGCAGUUUAAUGACGAGUUCUUGUUCAUCUGAUGACAUUGAUCAGGAAGAAAUCCAGCUCGCUUUGCAGGCUGCUAAAAUUGCCACCCGAGAAAAGAUCAGAUCCAGAUUUCAUGGCAGUAAUGAUCUUAUUCACCGCCUUUUUGUCUGUAUCUCAGGUGUUGCUGACCAACUGCAGACAAACUAUGCCAGUGAUCUGAGAAGUAUCUUAAAGACCUUGUUUGAAGUUAUGGCAACCAAACCUGAAACAGAAGACAAGGAAAAGCACAAGAAAGUUAAUCAGGGUUUAAGGAAUGCAGCAUUGGAAGACUGUGCUUUAUGUCAAGAAAGUAUAUCAUCCUCAGAACUUGCAGCCAAAGCCAGAGAUGGGGACUUCGAAGAUCCUCCUGACUGGGUUCCAGAUGAAGUCUGCAGCUACUGCACUGCGUGCAAGGCGCCUUUCACAGUCAUUCGCAGGAAGCACCACUGCCGGAGCUGUGGCAAGAUCUUCUGUUCCCGCUGCUCCUCUCACUCUGCUCCAUUACCUCGUUAUGGUCAGAUGAAGCCUGUCCGUGUUUGCACUCACUGUUACAUGUUCCAUGUCACUCCUUUCUAUAGUGACAAAGCUGGUAUCUGACUUAUUAAACUACUGAUGUGUCUUCUGGAGUCUUACACAGACUGAUAUAUUUGACCCAAGCCAAGAAUUAACUUGAAAGAGGCACCCUGUGAGGGCACGUAGGCUUUGACAUCCAUUAUUAUAAAUUUUGUACAGUUUCUAUUGCAUUUUACUAAGCUGCUAAAGGGAAGGAUGAAGUGUCUGUGGUCCUAAGGCUACAGUCCAGUCUUCCAUAAAUUUAUAACAUGAACGUUACGAUGCCAUAUGCAGAACAAAUGCACUGUGUGGAAGGAAAUAGGGCUCAGAGAAUUGAACAAGCAUUGCUGCUUAACUCGCACGCUAGGAGCAGGUUAACUAGUCCAUCCCAGUAAAUCAGUCCCAAAGCUCAGACACUUCUGUGCACACUAGAACACCAGCAUGGCUGUGGAUGUCAGCGCUUUCCCUCCUGCUGUGGUUCCACUUUCCCAUUACUACAUUUUUACUGCCUUGGAUUAAUUAAAGCAAAA